AUGGAAGCACCUGAGCCUUAUAGUCCGAAUGAUAUUGCUAAGAUAGUUGGCGAUAUCUUAGGAAAGUCAGUACCAGCAACUGCGAUAUCAGAAGAUGAUGUGCGAGCAUUCUGUACAAAAUGCGGAUGGUCAAAGCUCACAGCUGACAAUUCGAUUGAAAUAUUCAAAGGAUUUGAUGAUGACACUAUUCGUUGGACAACAGGUGGUAAAUUUUACAAAUAA